AUGGGUGUCCCUCAACCUAUGAUAAAAGAUGCUGAGUAUGUAGAAAUCAGUGCAGGAGAUUACCAUUUGUGUGGUUUGAGGAAGCCAUUGACAGGCAGGCUUAGAAACAACUCCCUUGUAGAUUGCUGGGGCUACAACAUGACCAAGAACCACGAAUUCGACGGUCCAGUGCAGUCGAUUUUGGCUAGCUACGAGUUCAACUGUGGGCUGUUUGCUUUGAACAGGAUGGUUUUUUGCUGGGGUGAUGAGACCAGUAGUAGAUUGAUUAGCUUGAUCCCCAAGGAAAUGAGGUUUAGGGCAGUUUCUGCUCGUAGGUAUCAUGUUUGUGGGAUUUCGGAAGGUGUUGAUUCGACCCCGUUGUGCUGGGGGAAGAGCUUGGACUUGGAGGGAGAGAUGGCGAUGGAGAUGAUGGAAAUGGAGAAUUCUUCUGGCGAGAGCACCCCACCUCCUAGUGGCAUUAAGGUUUACCAGAUUGCAGCUGGGAAUUACUUCACCUGUGGAAUCCUCGCCGAGAAAGACCUCUCAACAGUUUGCUGGGGGUUUGGAUUCCCUACUUCCCUCCCACUGGCUAUCCCUCCUGGAAUGUGCAACACUGCUUCAUGUGCUUCUGGAACCUACGAGCUCAAUUCUUCUGAUAAUAUCAAUAACGUGCCUUGCAAGGCUCUUCCUUCGGCUUCUCAUGUAUGCUUACCUUGUACCAAUGGCUGCCCUCCUGAGAUGUAUGAGAAAGCUCAGUGCACAUCGAAAUCGGAUCGACUAUGCGAGUACAACUGCUCAGCUUGCUACUCUACUGAAUGCUUGUCGAGCUAUUCUUCUGGGGAGAAGAAUAAGAAGGAGAAGAAGGAUGAGAGGGGUUGGUCGAUUCAGCUGCUUGUGAUUGUUUCAUUUGCUGUGUUCUUGGCGGUCAUUGUGUCCGCAACUGCUGUUCUGUACGUUAGGUACAGACCAGAAAUAAGAAGAGCACAGACCUUCACGUACGAGGAGCUCAACAAGGCAACAAACGGCUUCAAAGACGAAUCCUUCGUCGGCAAAGGCAGCUUCUCAUGUGUCUGCAAGGGAGUCUUGAGAAACGGCACCGUGGUAGCAGUGAAAAAGGCCAUUGUCUCUUCAGAACAGCAGAAGAACUCCAAGGAGUUCCACACGGAGCUCAACCUUCUGUCGAGGUACAUCAGAUACCUUGAUCCGGAGUACUAUAGGCUCCAUUACCUCACGACCAAGUCCGACGUCUACAGCUUUGGGGUUCUGCUGCUUGAGAUACUGAGUGGGAGAAAGGCCAUUGAUAUGCAGUUUGAGGAAGGCAACAUAGUGGAAUGGGCAGUGCCCUUGAUUAGAUCAGGAGACACCUCAUCUAUCCUAGACCCAAUUCUGAAGCCACCAUUCCGACCUGGAAGCACUGAAGAGGAUAGCGAACGUUGCUUGCAACUAAUGGGUAGCCCCUGCUACGAGCAGCCGAUACUGCCAACUGAGGUGGUGCUGGGGAGCAGCCGGAUGCACAAGAAAUCGUCGCAGAGGUCAUUGAACCGGUCUGGCUCAGAGGCAGCUACCGAGGUGGUGGUAGCAGCAGCAGAAGGGGAGGAACAGAGGAUCGAGUUCAGAGCUCCAUCAUGGAUAACAUUCCCCAGUGUGACUUCCUCUCAGCGGAGGAAGUCGUCUGUGUCUGAGGCGGACGUCGAUGGGAAAGCUUUUGGAAACAAGAAAUGCUGUAUGUGGUGCGGGUGGGAAUGCGUUGAGGAGUUUGGAGGAAGAGAUUGGUCCUGCUUCUCCUCAAGCGAAUUUGUACCUACAGCAUAA